GCGCCGCUUCCUUCGGGCUCCUCUAGGCCUCCUGGAUACGAGGCGGCGCGCGGAGACCCGCAGACAACACUGUGUGCCCACCAUGAGUCUGGACAUUCAGUGUGAGCAGCUGAGCGACUCCAGGUGGACUGAGCUCCUCCCCCUGAUCCAGCAGCACCAAGUGGUCAGGCUGGAUGACUGUGGCCUCUCUGAGGUACGGUGCAGGGACCUCAGUUCUGCGCUUCAGGCCAACCCUGCCCUGACGGAGCUGAGCCUGCGCAACAACGAGCUGGGCGAUGAGGGCGUGCACCUGGUGCUGCAGGGUCUGAAGAGCCCCACCUGCAAGAUCCAGAAGCUGAGCCUGCAGAACUGCGGUCUGACAGCGGCUGGCUGCACAGUCCUGCCCGAUGUGCUGCGCUCGCUGCCCACCCUGCACUCGCUGCACCUCAGUGACAACUCCUUUGGAGACGCGGGCCUGCGGCUGCUCUGUGAAGGACUCCUGGACUCUCAGUGCCACCUCGAGAGGCUGCAGCUAGAAUACUGUGGGCUCACUGCUGACAGCUGUAAGCCACUGGCCUCAGUGCUCAGGGUCAAACCAGAGUUUAAGGAGCUGGUGGUGAGCAACAAUGACCUCCAUGAGGCUGGUGUCCGAAUGCUAUGCCAGGGCUUGAAGGAGUCUACCUGCCAGCUGGAGACGCUCAAGAUGGAGAACUGUGGUAUCACGACAGCCAACUGCAGGGAUCUGUGUGAUGUGGCCGCCAAGACCUCUCUGCAGGAGCUGGACCUGGGCAGCAACAAGCUGGGUGAUGCAGGCCUUGCCAUGUUGUGCCCGGGGCUGCUGCUCCCCAGCUGCAAGCUCAGGUCUCUGUGGCUCUGGGAGUGUGACAUCACGGUCGAGGGCUGCAGGGAGCUGUGCAGCCUCCUCAGGGCCAAGCAGAGCCUGAAGGAGCUCAGCUUAGCCAACAAUGAUCUGGGAGACGAGGGUGCCCGGCUUCUGUGUGAGAGCCUGCUGGAGCCCUGCUGUCAUCUGGAGUCACUGUGGGUGAAGACUUGCAACCUCACGGCUGCCUGCUGUCCCUAUUUCCGUUCAGUGUUGGCCCAGAAUAGAUCUCUCCUGGAGCUGCAGAUAAGCGACAAUAAGCUGGGUGACACAGGUGUGCAGGAGCUCUGCCAGGGCCUGAGCCAGCCCGGCACCGUGCUGCGUGUGCUCUGGCUGGGGGACUGUGAUGUGACCAACAGUGGUUGUAGCAGCCUGGCAGCAGUCCUUCUGGCCAACCACAGCCUACGGGUGUUGGAGCUCAGCAACAACUGCAUGGGGGACCUUGGCGUGCGGCAGCUGAUAGAGAGUGUCAGGCAGCCUGGCUGUGCCCUGGAGAAAUUGGUCCUAUAUGACAUUUACUGGACCCAGGAAAUAGAGGACCAGCUUCAGGCCCUAGAGGAAGCCAGGCCGUCUCUGAGGAUCAUCUCCUGAUUGACACCUCCCGGGACUCAGGAACAGCACUUCUGAGCACAACCUAAUCUACCUUGGGGCAAUCAGCACCUUCAGGCUGUUGGUUCCAAGAGUUUGGCCUUUGCUUAGAGGAACAAUGUAAUCCUUUCUGUAAGGAAAAAUGGACACUUUGUAAUUAUUAAACCACUUGGUUAGGAGGAA